GGUCGUCCUUUGUGCAUGUCUGUGCUCUGACCUCCUCUUACAUGGACACAAGCCACACUAGAUCAGGCCCACCUGUGACCCCACCACGCCAUCCUUGCCCCCUAAGAGGCCCCUUCUUCCAGUAUAAGCCUCAUGAGGGUCGGGCUUGCACGUGCGGGUUGUGGCCUGUGAAUUCAGCCCCUGACGCCUGCUGUGCUCAGGGACACGCAGCUGCUCUGUCACACCUGCACACGCCUGCACACCCAUGCCCAUGUUGGCGCUCACUGUGGGUACUGGUCAGGAGGGGCCUGGUCCAUCAGAACUGCUGGCAUUGGUUUGGGCUACUUUUGGACACUUGGGCCGGUGACCAUGCUCCAGAGCCCCCAGUACCACCUCCCCUCCCCCAUAGUUGAUGCCUGACCCCAUGUGCUGCCCUGGCUCACCCACGGACUCUGGGCACCCUUUGGUGAAGCGGAGGGUGAGGAUUGGCAUUAGUGCGGCUGCGCCACCCCCACCCCCACCCCCACUUCUCCUGAGGGUUCGGCCCUGCAGAGAGAGUGGGUGUCUAGAAGCAGCAAGCCACGUGAAGGCAUCCCAAGACCAUUCUGGUCCGGGCAGCUUGGCUAGGCCAGGCAGGGCAGGGGGGCAGCCAAGAUGCCUGGCCGAAAGGGCUCUGGCUGCACUUUACCGUGAGACAGGAGUGAGAGUGUCCUGUGGUGGGUGCAGACCAGCUGGACUGGAGAACUGGCCUGGCCCUGGCAGGGCUGGGGGAGCUGCAGGUCCCCCUCGGGCCCUGGGUCUACACACCACAGCUGCUGGCUGGGCUGAGCUGAGGCCUAUGGGUAUUGUUGCGGGGUCGGGGCCCCUGGGCCCCAGGGCCAGAAAAGAAGGCUGGGAGUGGGCUUCCCAGACUAGCUGCCUUCCAGCGCUUCCUGGGGCCCUCCUAGUCCCCUCCUCGCCCUCCCCACCCCUCCCCCGCAGCCCUUAUAGCCACUUCCUGCAAGGAAAAACCCCAGACUCCCAGAGCCUCGGAGCUGAGAGGAGCUGAGAGGAGCUGAGAAUGUGCGUGGGGACCCAGCCGCCCAGGGCGCCGGGCUCAGCCCUCCUGCUCCUUGGGCUCGUGCUGGGUGCUGCGGCCCAGCCCCGCUGUCCUGGGGACACCUACCCCAGUGGCAACAGGUGCUGCAAAGAGUGCCAGCCAGCAGGUUAUGGGAUGGAAAGCCGCUGUACCCAUGACCGGGACACAGUGUGCCGCCCGUGUAAGCCCGGCUACUACAACGAGGCCGUCAACUACGAGCCCUGCAAGCCCUGCACCCAGUGCAGCCAGAGAAGCGGGAGUGAACCCAAGCAGAGAUGCACACCAACCAGAGACACGGUCUGUGGCUGCAGGCCGGGCAGCCAGCCCCAGGACAGCUACGGCUACAAGCGUGGAGUUGACUGUGCCCCGUGCCCACCAGGACACUUCUCCCCAGGCAAUGACCAGGCCUGCCAGCCCUGGACCAACUGCACCUUGUUAGGAAAGCGAACACUGCGGGCGGCCAAUAGCAGCUCUGACGCCAUCUGUGAGGACAGGAGCCCCCCGGCCACACCACCGUGGGAGACCCAGGGCCCCCCAGUCCAGUCCACUACUGCCAAGCCCACCACCUCCUGGUCUAAGGCCUCACAGGGGCCAUCCAUGCCCCACACAGAGACCCCCAAGGCCCCUGAGCUGUCCGCUGUCCUGGGCCUCGGCUUGGGCCUGGGCCUCCUUGCCCCUGUGGCUGCCACGUUGGCCCUGCUCCUCCACCACAGGGCCUGGAGGCUGCUGACCAACACCCCCAAGCCCCCAGGGGGAAACAGCUUCCGGACCCCUAUCCAAGAGGAGCACACUGAUGCCAACUCCAGCCUGGCCAAGAUCUGAGCAACGUCUCCUGGGGUGGGAGCCGGUGACCCCUCCCCAGGCUGGGGCCCCAGAGGGGCAGUGGGGGCCCCCAGGUGCAGGCUGCCCCCGUGUCACCCCUGCACGUGGUGCCCUGACCCCUGCCCUGUGCCGUUUUAGGUGCUCCUGGGCUGGCCCUGGGCUCUGCUACGUAUGCUGUGCAUACUCCCCGCCCAGGGUGGGCCCCCAAUAAACGACGCUGGCAGA